CGCGCGCGCGGGCGGGGGCGAGGAAGGCGCGCGCGCGCUGCCCAGAGCGGAGCCAAGGCCAGACGGAGCCGGCGGACGCGCGGGAAGACAGGCUCGACCUUCUUCUGCCCCCGCUACCCGCCCUUGAUGCCCCGCGAAGUUUGAAGGAGAGGAGGAGGGAGAAAAAGAAGAAGGGGACCAGGAGGGAUUCCGAGCAGAGCCCGCCUGUCAAAGCCAAGGGAGGAAGGAGAGCAUGUCUUUCAGCAGGAAGAGCUGGUCGGCGCUGUCCAGCCUGGCCCAACAAUGGAAUGCUGAAGAUGAGGAAGAACAAGAGAGGGAGCGCAGGCGAAGACACAGGCAGCUGAGCUCCGUCUCUGAAGUCAAGGAGGAAACAACCAGUACAGUGCAAACAAAUGAGGAGGAAGACACAACCAGUAAAGCAUCAAACAGGUUCUGCAAUUCAUCUGAGACAAAGCCAUUAAAGCUGGGGAGAUCAAAAGUGGAAAAUGACAGGACAUUGGUAGAUGAGGUAGACAAACAGGAAGAGGUCAGUGUAAGGAGGAGAGUGGAAAUGUUAAAUAAUGUCAACCAAGCCAAGAAGCAGACAGUGAGUAUCAAGAGAUUCCAAAAGAAAGCUACUGACCAGAAAGCAAAGUCUUCUUCAGAAGUAGCCCAAGAGCCAAAAUCCCCAAUAGUGGACAAAUGUGGAGGCCAGGUACAGCAAAAAGAAACUGUAGAACAAAAGCAGCAAAACCUGGAUCAGGAAAAAAAGGAGACACCAUUGAAGGUGCAUAAAAACCUGGAUCAAAAAGAAAACACAAUGUUGCAGAAAAAUGGUAACUUGGAUCGGGAAGAGAAGGAAUGCCCAAUGGGCAAUGAUGAAGUAUUUAAAGAGGAGGAGAAAACUUUGAAUUCACACAUGUCUCCAGCACUAGCUUCAGUCCAGAAUGAAGUGGCCAUAAAGCAACCUCAGCGAGCUUCCUGGGAACGUAAGAGCAUCAGCCGGCUUGAGGUGAAAAUUCAACCAAGAGCGAGGAAUUUCAUUGAAACUUCCAUAACUACUUCUGCCUCGGGGCCUCAGGCCACAGCAAGAAAUAUUCCAAAACUGGAUAAUGAGACUUCAAGCCCUGCCUCUAGCCAGGGUGAAUGUGAGGUUCCAUUACUAUGCUCCCGGCCACAGAUUUCCUACAGUAGCUCAUUCAAAAGGAUCAGUCCAAGAACAAUCUCAUUCCGGGUGGUCUCCAGAAAGGACAAACAGGAUGAUGGAUUAAGCAGAAGUGCCAGCAUGAGGCUCCUCCCAGCAAACACACCUAAACUUGAGGAAAAGUUAGAGAAAUACACAUCUGCAGUGCAGAGAGCAGGCUCAAUUAGAUUGUCGUCUUCUGCUCGGAGAAAUUUCCAGCCACCUGCAGAAGGUGUGGCCAGCAAGCGAAGCAUCUUUGAAGCCAAUGUUCCUAGCAGGGCUGAGCCUCCCACCCUUGUUCGGAAGGAGAGUUUGAAAAUCCCUGGAGGGGUCACAUCUCGCAUCAAUCUUUGGAUCAGUCGAACUCAGGAGCCUUGCAAGGAUGAAGGAACCAAGCAGGACAUUCGGAGAAUUGAGAGCUCCAUGCAACAGAAUCAGUGGGGAACACGAUCUGAUGAUUCCUGAAGAAAAACCAGGAUGUAACUAUAUAAGCUGCUCUGGGGACGACUUAUCUCCAAUUAAAUCAAUGGCCUGGACCACUUGAAAUUCUUCUGCAUCUCUUCGUUUCAGACUUUUCCCCUUUGCAGGACCAUUUGCCUGGGGAACAUAUCUAUCCAUCAACUUGCCUAUGGUGCCUUUCCAGGAUGGGGUUUCUCAAUUACAUUUUUUAAAAGUUGCUUCUGAUUGGUGGAUGGGAAAGUUGACACAUAUGGAAUAGAAAGUAUAUUUCCAUAAUAUUCCUAUGUCCUAUUCUUAUUCUGCAUCUCCUAGCCCCCAAAUAUCAAAACCUUAGGUUCUACCAACAGCCUUGAAAAUACGGAAAUAUGUUUGGUCCCUUGACUGGGUCAUGCUUCAGCUGUGUCUCUGCCUUAAUGGUUGCCAUGAUAAGGAGUUCUUGUACUUCUCAAGCCAGAGGUACUUUCUGCACAAAACAGAAGUGUGUCUGCCAUAUGAUGUCAUAGACAGUCAGGUAUUACAGGCUCUAUGAAGAUGUCGCUAGGAUGAAGGAAGCCAAUUGGAAGGGAAAAAAUAUAAAGCAUGGGGGCUGUUAAAAGGUUCACAAGAACUUGCUGCUAUCUGAAUAACGGGAAUGGGAAGGUGAACUGUUGAAGAUGUGUGGGGAGAAGAACGGUAUAGACUGCAUCAACAGGUUUCUCUUUGCAGGAACCUCUCUCUCACACAAAUCAUGCUAGGCUCCCUGAAAAACUGCCAAGGGGUUAGAUGCUAUUAAAGUAGUGAGAAUGAUUUUUCACCACAAAUGCACCUUCUUGUUUCAGCUAAGCCUAAAUUGUAGCUGAAAUUUACUGAAACCAAUGCAAUAGUUCUACUGGGUCCCAGGUCCCAUAGAAAUAGGACUUACUGUACAAGUGUAUGUAUUUCUGCUUAGAAGUAAGUUUCCAUAUUGAAUGCAGUAGGAUUUACUUCCAGGUAGGUGCAGGAAGCAUUGCAGCCUAAUUUUAGCUGGGUUCAGGCUGUGUGUUUUGUGAACUCUUCCUACCUACAACAGCAAAACUCAGUGCCAUUAUGAGCAGACAAUAUGCUAUCAAGUGUAUGUGGCCAAAAGCAACUAACUGUAGGUUCAAUGAUCAGGGUGGAUUUGGUUCUCACUGUAUUGCAUAAUAAAUAUCACUUCUGUUCAAGAA